GCGAGGUUUCGGCUCAACAGGAAGUUGAGUCUCGAGGUGAUGAUGAUUCUUGGUAACGGAGCAUUCAGGCAUUUCUGGGCAAUGGACUUUAUUUUCUGGUUCUAUUUCCAUUCGUUCCUUUAACUGUGCUUUCGUAGCAGAGCCAGAUUGUGAGGGGUGUUGCAUCUGGAGGAAACCUAUCGACUGCUCGUUCAUUGCCAUCGUUUAAAGUGAAGUUCAUGUCAGUGUUGACACAAAAGCAAAACAUCACGAAUGCUGGAAACUCUACAGAAAACUUAGGAAACACGCAAACGGUCUGGCAUCAUCUGCGGAGAGAAAAAGAGAAUUAAAGUUUCAGGUUGGUAGUCCUGCAGCUGCUGUUCCGAUACUGCCUGGCCUGAAAAUCAUUCAGGAGAACUCAACUGCUUACCAACUGCCUGUCUGAGGGAGACAUUUUGACACCAUUGUGACAACACCCCUCUGCAAGAGAAAUAGGACAGAACACAUCCAUUAUAGUGUCUCUGGACAGAAGAAACUUUAAUGCUAUGAAGUUCAGAGGAAUCUUGCUUGAAAUUGGGAUUUGUUUAGUAAGGCAGAGUUCUUAGCAAUGGCGCCAUCAAUUCUUGUGCAUCAGUUUGUAGUUCGUAUAUCAACCGGGCCUUUAUUCUCUUCUGAUGGUUUGUUUUUACCAGUUUCCAAUACAGGAUGGACUUCAGUGAGGCAUACUCUAAUACUUGUUCAGCUGCUGGAUUUGCUGCAAGAAAAGGAAAUGUAGAACUUUUGAAAACCUUGAUUCAAAAAGGUCAUAGCCUUGACAUUGCAGACAACCGUGGUUGGUGCCCAAUCCAUGAAGCUGCAACUCACAAAUCUUUGAGAUGUUUGAGACUCUUAAUUCAUGCAGCUUCUUCUGCUCAGUACAUAGAUUUAAAGACUUUUGAAGGUGAAACAGCUCUACAUCUUGCUGCAAAAUGUGGCCAUUUAAAAAUUGUUCAGAUUCUGCUAAAGGCUGGGGCAAAUCCGAAUGCCAUCACAAAUGAAAACGUAACACCACUUUUUCUAGCGAUUGAGAAAGGUGACAUUGCUGUUUCAAAGACUCUUUUAAAGCAUGGAGGAAGAAUUAAUGGGCCCCAUUCUGCGUGUUUAUGGAGUGUUCUGCAUCAGGCUGCUUAUCAGGAACACUUAGAAAUACUGAAGCUCUUGCUUGAAAAAGGUGCUGAUAAAGAAGCCAGGGACGAUUAUGGAAUUACACCAUUGUUUCUUGCUGCUCAGUAUGGAAAACUGCAAAGUAUAAGAGUUCUUCUGCAACAUGGUAGUGAUGUUAAUUGCCAGGCCUUUGAUAAGGCCACACCUUUGUUUAUAGCAGCUCAGGAAGGCCAUGUAGAAUGUGUUGAACUGCUGUUGUCAAAUGGUGCCGAUACAAACCUUUACUGUAGUGAAGAUGAUUGGCAGUUGCCCAUUCAUGCUGCUGCCCAGAUGGGGAAAGUCAAGGUAUUGGAAUUUUUGAUACCAAUCACUGAUCGAAUAUGUGAUACAGAAAGGAAUAAAGUGAGCCCAGUCUAUUCAGCCGUGUAUGGAGGACAGCAAACAUGCUUAAAAAUGUUACUACAGGCAGGUUACAGUCCCAAUGCCCAAGAGUGCCCAUUGUAUGACUGCCUAUCGCCAUUGUGCAUGGCUUUUUCUCGGAGGUUUUUUGCACUUGUUUACAUCCUUCUUAAAGCUGGAGCUGUUGUAACAGGUCUUCAUUAUUGUUAUUGCCUGCAAUAUCAGUGCUUCCAUCUGCUGCAGUUUCUUCUGGCACACGGUUAUACAUUACCAUCAGGCACUCAUUUGGCUGAUAUUGUAAAAUAUGGAUUAUUAUCAGGACAUCAGUACAAGCAGUGGUUGCCUCACCUAUUACUAGCUGGAUUGAAUCCUGUUGAUUUGCUUAGUGAAGCGUGGUUAAAUACUGCCAGUGAUAACAUGCUUAACUUUACACUUGAAUUUACAAACUGGAAGAGGCUUCCUUCAGUUGUGGAGCAGAUUCUUUUCUGUCGUAGAGCAAACUCCACUUGGAUUCAUCAGAAAUAUUUUGAUGAUAUUCCUUCGUUGACGCACCUCUGUCGUUUAAAAAUUCGAUCAACUCUGAAAAGUGAAUUCCUUCGUUCUGAUAAAUUUAUUCGGACAUUACCACUCCCUGUCUGUCUGCAUGAUUUUCUUCUUUAUAAAGAAAUAUUGAAAUUAUAUGGCGUUCCAGAAAUUUCAGAGAGUCAAGAAGAAAUCCACAGUGAAAAUAAUUACAUAUAAUAUUCAGAAGACUGAUUAUAGCAAACAUCUGAUGUGUAUAAG